CCGAAACCCACUGCGACGGCAAAAACAUCCGCCAUAUUGAAAUCGCCAGAACGGGAACGCGCUGGCUGCAUAGUCUGUAUCCACAACACAGCAUAUUGGGACUAUGACGCAGACAGUGCAGACGAACGGGGUGCAACCCCUCAGUAAGACCUGGGAACUCAGUCUGUAUGAGUUACAGAGGACUCCACAGGAGGCCAUCACAGAUGGGCUGGAGAUAGCCGUGUCUCCCAGGAGCCUCCACAGUGAGCUGAUGUGUCCCAUCUGUCUGGACAUGCUGAAGAACACCAUGACAACCAAGGAAUGUCUGCACCGCUUCUGUGCCGACUGCAUCAUCACCGCCCUCCGAUCAGGCAACAAGGAAUGCCCUACGUGCAGAAAGAAGCUGGUGUCUAAGCGAUCCCUGCGGCCGGACCCUAACUUUGAUGCCCUCAUCAGUAAGAUCUACCCCAGUAGAGAUGAGUACGAGGCCCACCAGGAGAGGGUUCUGGCCCGCAUCUCCAAACACAACAACCAGCAGGCCCUGUCCCACAGCAUCGAGGAGGGCCUCAAGAUACAAGCCAAGAACAGGCUGCAGCGAGGGAAGAAGCACCAGCUGGAAAACGGCAGCGGGGCGGAGGACAAUGGUGACUCCUCCCACUGCAGCAAUGCCUCCGUCCACUCCAACCAGCAGGAGGCGGGGCCGAGCAUCAAGCGUACCAAGACGUCAGAUGACUCUGGUCUGGACAUGGACAACGCUACGGAGAACGGAGGGGGAGGGGACGUGGCCAUGGACGGAGCCAGCGAGAUAGAACUGGUGUUCUGUCCUCAUCCUACGCUCAUGGACAAGGAGGACACCGUGCAGACCAGUGUUGAGUUUGUUCCCAGGUACAUCAAGACGUCGGGUAACGCCACAGUGGACCACCUGUCUAAGUACCUGGCUGUGCGUCUGGCUCUGGAGGAACUGAGGAAGAACGGAGAGGCCAGUCCUGUCAAUGUAGACGCUGCCUCAGAGAAACAAUACACCAUUUACAUCCCUACAGCCAACGGCCAGUUCACGGUGCUGAACGGGUCUUUCUCUCUGGAGCUUGUCAGUGAGAAGUACUGGAAGGUGAACAAACCCAUGGAGCUGUACUUCGCCCCCACCAAGGAGCACAAGUAGACCGCCUGGAGUACACCUGGGGGGGUAGACCACCUGGAGUACACCUGGGGGGGUAGACUGGCUGGGGGGGUAGACC